UUGGAAACUUUGCAAUACCACUGCUGGCACAGAUUAUAUUCCAUGCCUUGACAAUGUGGAAGAAAUCAAGAACCUUAGAUCAACUAAGCAUUAUGAACAUAGGGAGAGGCACUGUCCCGACAAUCCUCCCACCUGUCUCGUUCCACUUCCUGAAGGAUACCAACGCCCAGUUGAAUGGCCCACAAGCCGUGAAAAGAUAUGGUACCACAAUGUUCCCCAUACCAAACUUGCUGAAAUUAAAGGACACCAGAAUUGGGUUAAAGUUAGUGGUGAAUAUCUUACCUUUCCUGGAGGUGGCACCCAGUUUAAGAAUGGUGCUCUCCAUUACAUCGAUUUCAUACAGCAAUCUGUGCCGGAAAUUGCCUGGGGAAAACACUCACGUGUGGUACUGGAUGUUGGAUGUGGUGUUGCUAGCUUCGGGGGCUUUCUUUUCGAAAGGGACACACUUACCAUGUCAUUGGCUCCCAAAGAUGAACAUGAAGCUCAGGUUCAAUUUGCUCUCGAAAGAGGAAUUCCUGCUAUAUCGGCUGUUAUGGGUACUAAGAGACUUCCAUACCCAGGAAGAGUUUUUGACGUAGUCCACUGUGCACGCUGUAGGGUACCCUGGCACAUUGAAG